AUGCUGCGUCGAACUCGCAGCAGCAAUCUCAUCAAUCAUCGCCUCCUUCCGUCGCAAGUUCUUCUUAUAUAUUCGCCGCUGCACGAGCAUCGUCACAACAGCGAUCAGAAGACACCCCCCAAUCCAGCGCCGAGGCCCGCGCUAAUCACCGUCGUUUUUGAGGCUGGGCAUGUGGCGCUUGAACUUGAGCCCGACGUGCAUUUUGUAUCUUCAGUAUUGGUGUUGUUAUUGGUUUCAGAAUCGGCGGUGCUGGCGUUGGUCGACGAAGACGAAGAUGGUGAUGAUGAGGUUUUUGACGAUGGCGAAGAAGAGGAUACCGAUGAUGAGAUAGAUGACUGA